AUGGCAAAUCAGUCAUCAUCUAUGAAGCGUGCGCUAGUAGUUGCUCUGCAUGGCUAUGCCCAUCAAUCAGCCGAACAGGUUUCCAAAACAGUAGGCCUCAAUAUUAGCGACGUUAACAAAGUAUAUGCGCUUUCGAUUGAGCGAGGAUUUGAUCCAAUUCAUACAGCGUUCGAUGAUCAAUAUGUUGAAGACCAUCCUCAUCCAAGAAGGCUUAGCAAGCAGUCGUCUUCUACAAUCUAUAACGUUCUAUUGAAGCGGAACUUAACGAAUGCUGGCUUAGAGAGAACGAAGGCAACGAAGAAGAUGUGUGCUAAGCUAACCGCUUAG